AUGCCCCCUAACACCACUCACCCUCCGCCCCAGAACAUCUUCAUAACAGGCGCAACAGGCUACAUAGGCCGCGUAGUGACCGAAUUCGCCCUCGCAGCAGGACACAGCGUGCGCGCUCUCUCCCGCAGCGAGGCAGGCGACACCCUCCUGCGCCGUCUGGGCGCAACCCCAGUACGAGGCACGCUAAGCGACACGACCAUCCUAGCCGAAGAAGCGAGACGCGCAGACGUGGUGUUCCACCUCGCCUUCAGCCACGACUGGAGCAAGCCCUACACCGACCUACUAGCGCUCGACAUCACCGCGGUAGACGCACUCGCCAGCGCCCUCCAAAACACAAACAAACCCCUUGUCACAACCGGCGGCACGCUCUGCGUCCUCCCCGAUCCCUCGGGUGGAGAAACAGACGAAACAGCCCCCCCACCACCGUACACGCCCCUACCCCGCCACCUGGCCGAGGAACGCGCGCUCGCGUGGGCCCCCAAGGGAGUCCGGAUAAGUGUGCUCCGGCUCCCGCAGUACGUCUACGGCCGGCAAACAGACCACGGGUUCGCGGCGGACCUGAUCCGUCUUGCGGUGCGGGACGGGGAGGCCGCUAUGAUCGACGACGGGGGGUGGUGUUUCUCCUGUGUGCAUGUGGAGGAUGCCGCACGGCUUUAUUUUCUCGUUGCACGGUUUGCUGGGCCUGGGGAGGUGUUUAAUGGGGUGUCCUGUACGGAUGUAACCUAUUCCGCGUUGGCGGGGGCGAUUGGCAGGGUUGUGGGGGUUGAUGUUGUGUCGCGGACGAGGGAGGAGGUCGAGGCGAGGUGGGGGAGGUUUCUGGUGGAGUUUGUGCUGGUUCGGAAUCGGGCGAGUGGGAGGAAAGCUAGGGAGAGGUUGGGCUGGUGUCCGGCUGGCCCGGGGAUCUUGGAGGAGGUGGAAGUUGGGAGUUAUGUGCCUGUUGUUGAGCGGUUUAAGAGGGAGAGGGGCGUUCUUGUGGGCAAUGAGUGAGGUUUGGAGUUGGAGUUGAGGUUUAUGUGAGUGAGUGAGAUAUGUAUCCGUCUAUGCUUUUAUCCCAUGUCGUGGACCAAAAGAGUGAAUGUGCUUUUGUAUAUACAUUACCAUAAAGCCGUGAUAUCACGAGAAUCGUAACUUCAUCAUCGUCAAGAAAUAGGAAAAGAACGAAAACCGAACAGGAACAAGGUAUCACAAAAGACCAAACCUGAAGAAGAGCCGCCCAAGAAGCACGCAGAAUAUAGACAAACCAGUCUCACCGCAUAGCCAUACUCGCAAUAAUCACCGAGCUCAUAUUGCUACCUGUCGCUGUGUGG